AUGACAGCCACCAAAGACCUCGACGACAUCGAAGCGAUCAAAGGACUCAUCCAAGCCUUCUUCGACCGCGUCAACGCCAACGACCCCCCAGGCCUCCAAGCCCUCUUCGUCCCCAAUGCCCACCUAACCAUCCUCCGCCAGGAUCCCCCUCGCCCACCUCCACCUUCCUCCUCCGGCGCCUACCUCCCACAGCCUCCCACGCCAACCCCAAUCAAAGAACAAGAAGAGCAGGACAACAAGAUUUCCCUCAUCUACCAAUCCACCAUCGAGGCCUUCAUAAAACUCAUCCAAGACGGCAACCGCCGCAAGAAACCCGGCGACAAACCCGUCCCGACCGUCCACGAAGUGCCCAACCUCGCCGCGACGGACGUCCGCGUCGAUGGGGAUUUCGCGCAGGCGUGGUGUCCGUUUACUGUGACGUUUGAUGGGGUGUUGCAUCAUUAUGGGUUUUUUGCGUAUACGUUUGGGAAGACGCGGGAGAGGUCGGUGGGGAAAGAUGGAGGGGAGGGGGAGGGGAAGAGGAAGGAGUGGAGGUUUGAGGGGUUGACGCAGGAUUAUAGGAGGACGCCGGGGUGGGAGGGGGAUGGGGAGUCGGAGUUGAUGUAUGUGUGA